CUGGAGAGAUCCUUGCUUUCGAUAUUUAAAGGGAGGAAUGUAUGUUUUCGAUGUACACACAGAGCCUGUCGAGACAGCUUUUGUUGUGAAAGCAUGGCUCUCACAAAAGUCCCACGUCGUUACUUCCCAUGCAGAUAUCGAUAUUUGAUAACUCUCUUCGCCUCUUCAUUGGCCGUCGUUUGUUUAUAUAAUCUCUUCUACUGCUUCAAUGGUGAUACCGAGAUCGAUGGGCCUGCUCUAGUUCGUUUUGAUCCGAAUACGUCUGAGGUGGCCAGGAAUGGAAGCUUAGGGGUUUUUCGUAUCGCAAUCCCCCAAUAUUUCCCCAAGGCUAACAGAAGGCAGUUCGAGCGUGUCAUCGUAAUCGGUACACUUCGCAAUCCUGACGAGCAGGAAGCAAUCUCCCGGGGUUCGUUGAUGACGGGGUUUCAUCUUCAUUUUGAAUCCACGAAGACGCCGGCGGAAGAACGUGACAAUGCCGGAAAAUUCUCGAAAGGAAGCGAAGCAGACACCGGGGCUUUCCACAUGCACCUCAACGCUAUUAAAGGAGUGGUGGCAGAAAGCUUUGCAAGUGCACUGAUUAUGGAGAAAACCGUCGACUGGGAUGUCAACCUCAAAAUGCAAUUAAAAGGGCUCGCAUCGGGCAUGAGAUUGAUGCAGGAAAGCAACGCAUCCGCGGCACUGCCGUAUGGGGAUCGCUGGGACCUCCUCUGGCUGGGACAUUGUGGAAUGAGAUGUGCGGCCGCUUCCAGUUUCCUUUUGGCACCGCAUGAUAUAACAGCAGUUCCAAGUCGACAUCUGAUGUCAUACCGCAGGGAGCCCCCUGCAGGCGUCAAGAAUCAUAUGCGCCUGGCUUGUCAAAUCGAAGAGGCCGUGGGUAGUGUAGCGUACGCUGUCACAAACGAAGGGGCACAAAAGCUUCUCACCGCUCUCCUAGAGGUCGCCCCCAAGCAAGAGAAACGGUUCGAUGUGGUGGCCAGUCGACUGUGUCAGACCGAAGUCUUGAGCUGCUUCUCUACUUACCCUGCUAUCAUGGGUAGAAGAAGCGUCGACUGUGAAAAAGGACAGAAGGACUCGAACGCUGUUGAUUUGAAUGAAGACUGUCCAUCUGGAGUUAUGUUCAGUACUCUCGAUAACUUGGACAGCUUAUCAAACAGCACAUCAAAAGUGAAGUCUGCUUAUCAAGAUGCAGUGAUCAAAGAAAUUGACCCGGCUCAAUUCGAGGUGCCGCAUACGAUGUUCAAAUGGCGAGAUGACCGAGGAGAACACGAAAUAAGUCUAUGAGCUUGAGUGAGGGGUCUGAUCAGUCGGCCUAUUUGGAUGGUUUCAACAGGCCCUUGUACCGAGGCUCGAUUGUCAGGUCCGUAUGGUCAAAUUCACGAGAAGGUAUAAAACAAACGCAGAUAUCUCACACGCUCAAUUUCUUCAGAUGGAAAGCUUAUCGCUGCAGUGCGACCCAGGCAAAUAAAUGAUCUCAUCCAAGGCCGAAGUUGAUGCCAAGGAGAACUUACCCAUCCGA